CACGGCUACACGCAGUCAGGACUCAGGGAGCAUUGCCUCCACUGUGGUCUCAAGUCUCAACUAUGGCCGCGCCCUGCAUUCACCUUGUCUUUCUCCUUUGUCUGGUCCCAGCCACCGUCGCCUCACCUCAUCGUAAUCUACGCAAAUCCCCGGUCGACAUCGCCGCGCUCGACGCGGCCGCACCGUCUCCGGCAGACGCGUCGCGGCCGACCACCUUCUUCGAGGUGGACCGCCCGCUCCGCCCGCCACCGGGCAGCUCCGGCCCGUGCUCCACGCUCCUGCUCUCCAGCUCCUUCGCGUUCACCUUCACCAAGCCGCCCGCCACCGCCGCGUACUCCCCGCCGCCCUGCCUCACCGCGGCGGGCGGCCGCGCCACGGCGAUCUCCCUCGCCGUCCUCGAGUGGCACGCCACCUGCCGGGGAGUCCAGUUCGACAGGAUCUUCGGCGUCUGGCUCGGCGGCGCCGAGCUCCUCCGCGGCAGCACCGCCGAGCCGCUGCAGAACGGCGUCGUGUGGUCCGUCUCCAAGGACAUCACAAGGUACGCGUCCCUCCUCGCCGCCGGCAACUCCACCCUCGCCGUCUUCGUCGAGAACCUCGUCAACAGCCAGUACACCGGCGUGUACUAUGCCAACGUGACGCUCCACCUCUACUUCCGCCGCACGCCGACGAGGCCGCCACCCGCCGUGGCUCCCGCCGACCUCAUCGUCCCGAUGUCCAGAGGCUUGCCUCUGAACGACGGGCUCUGGUACAAGAUCCAGAACGCCACCGACGCAGUGUCCACGAGCGUGACGUUGCCAUCCAACACGUACCGCGCGGUCGUGGAGGUCUUUGUGUCGUUCCACGGGGACGACGAGUUCUGGUGGACAAACCAGCCCGGUGCCGACGCCAACGGCCCGUUCCGCGAGGUCACUGUCCGUGUUGACGGGGUCCUCGCCGGCGCCGCGUGGCCGUUCCCCGUCAUCUUCACCGGCGGCAUCAACCCCCUCCUAUGGCAGCCCAUCACCGGCAUCGGCUCCUUCAACCUCCCGACGUACGACGUCGAGGUGACGCCGUUGCUGGGCAAGAUGCUGGACGGCAAGGCGCACGUGUUCGCGUUCGCGGUGACCAACGCCGUGGACGUGUGGUACGUCGACGCCAACCUCCACCUCUGGCUUGACCCUGGGAGCACGGCGACGGCGGCGGGCCUCGUGAGCUACGUGGCGCCGGAGUUAGCGGCGGCGACGACGUCCUCCCGAACGACGGCGAGCCGGAAGGUCUCGGCGACCGGAUGGGUGAAGUCGUCGUACGGGAACAUCACGACGAACGCCACGCAGACGUUCGCCUUCGACAACACCAACGCCGGCGAGACGGUGAACCAGACGACCGUCGCGCACGCCGGCGUCGCCGCCACGGGCCUCGCCGGCGUCCUGUACUACUCGGUGCAGACGCGCCAGAGCUUCCCGCUUUUCUUGGACUCAGGAGCGGACCAGGUAACCGUCACGCACGGGUUGGAGGAGACGACGGUAGCCGCCGGCCGGUGGUCGUCGGGGCCCAGGUACCAGUCGCUGCGCAACACGCAGCGGAGCAGCGUCCGCGGGGCGUCGUGGGGCAUCCAGCAGACGUACAGGUACGAGGCCACCGACGGCUGCUACUUGAGGAACGUGACCAGCAGCGUUUACAGCAUCGUGUCGGACCAGUCCAGUGAGGCGUGCGUGAAGGGGCCAUUGCGUUGAUCUACAGGAUCAAGCAAUAAAUAAAGUGUACGGUGUGGUAAAGCCUGGGCAGUUUCUAUAUUGCCAGUUUAUGGCAGUCCACAACAAGCUUACGAGCAUGCAAGCCACCGACAGAAUACAAUCAGCUCCGGACUGCGGAGAAUGAGGAAUCACAUACUUUAGCUUUCACCCUUGAA